AUGACCCGUCAACCUGAAAUGGGAAUGAUCCCUAACGCUGUGCAGGGUGAAAUUAAGGCUCUGGAAAAGGAGCUAGAUGCUGCUGAGGUCGAAAUGGCUAAGUAUAUGCACAAGCUGCACGCGCCUAUCCUGAAGAAGCGUGCCGACGUACUGGCCAAGAUCGAUGGAUUCUGGCCGCAAGCCCUGACAAACUGCGUGUCGACCAACGUGUACAUCGACGAUGAUGACCAUGCCCUGCUGGACCACGUCACCAAAAUCGAGGUUGACCGCGAUUUGGAGGACCCGCGCGCUGCGAAGAUUGAGUUCCACUUUUCGCCGAACGAUUUCAUCAACGACACAGUCCUCAUCAAAGAGUUCAAGCUGCUGCCUGAAGCCUCUGAGUUUACAUCACAGUUUGACUUUGCUUCGGAUACGGUGCCCGUGAAGACGCCUAUUUCUUGGAAGUCUGACGAGGUCAACCUGUCGAAGAAGAAGCCCACUGUGGGUAACAUUAAUGCUGAUAAGGAGGAUGAAGAAGACGAAGAGAAUGAGGAGGACGAAGACGACUUUGAGCCUGGCUCGUUCUUCUCGAGCUUUUUCGAUAACGAAAACCCUCAGGUGGCUGGCAGUAUUGGACGUGCGAUCGUCGAAGACUUGUACCCUAAUGCUGUCCACCACUUUGAGGUACCAGCCCUCUUUGAUGAGGAGGACGAGGACGAAGAAGACGAAGAGGACGAUGAGGAAGAUGAGGAUGACGGUGAUCGUGAAAUUGAUCUGGAAGAAGAAGAGAAGCGUCCUUCCAAGAAACAGCGCAAGUAA